AUGGAAAAUUUAUUUUUUAAUGUUUGGAGGAAUUUAUAUUUAAAAACCCAGAUUAUAAAUCAAUUAAAACUAUUCCAAUACAGCCCUGUCCAAUUUAAAUCUAAAAAAGAAUUAUUAGAACAUCCAUUUAAAAAUUACUUGGUUAGAGUGGAUAUAGAUUUUAACGAAGAGUUACAUAAAUAUGACUUGUCAGAUUCAAUCCAAACAUUAUCAUUUGGCAAUUCUUUCAAUCAGCCACUCAAAAAAGAUGAUAUUCCAUUAUCUGUAGAAAUAUUAUUACUUGGUUUCAAUUUCAAUCAGCCCCUUCAACAAGGUGGUAUACCAAAUUCAGUUAAGGUAUUGACAAUGGGAUAUUGUUUCAAUCAGCCACUCAAGUUAGGGGAUAUCCCAUCCUCAGUUGAAAUUUUAGAAUUUAUUGGAGAGUUCGACCAACCUCUCAAACCAGGUUUGAUUCCAUCCUCUGUUAAAUCUUUGUUGUUUAGUCCUUCUUUCAAUCAACCUCUAAAGCCAGGAGAUAUUCCACCAUCAGUUAUAAAUUUAGAAUUUGGUUGGUUUUUCAAUCAAGAUCUAAAAGAGGGUGAUAUUCCAGCUUCAGUUAUCAAAUUAAUAUUUAGUAAAAUGUUUAAUCAAGCACUCAGGCAAGGUGCUAUACCACCAUCAGUAAAAAUAUUAGAAUUGGGUAAUGAAUUCAAUCAAACACUCAAGCCAGGGGAUAUACCAUCGUCAGUAGAGGCCAUUACAUUUGGUUUUGAAUUCAAUCAAGAGCUUAAGGAGGGUCAUAUACCAUCAUCCGUUUUAUCAUUACAGUUUGGUAAUAGGUUCAAUCAGAAACUUAAACUACACGAUAUUCCAUCAUCAGUCGAAAUAUUGAAUCUUGGCAAAAAAUUUAAUCAGGUACUAGAAGAGGGUGUUAUACCAUCAUCGGUUAAAACCUUGAUAUUUAGUAAUGGAUUUAAUAAACAACUCAAAAAGGGUAUUAUACCAUCAUCUGUUACAGCAUUGACAUAUUUUGGAAAAUUUAAAGACCUUAAACCAGGUGAUAUCCCACUAUCAGUUAAAGCACUUACACUAGGUGAUAAAUUCGACUUACCACUCAAACCAGGGGACAUACCUCCAUCAGUUAGAGAGUUAACAUUUGGUUUCUAUUUCAAUCACCCUCUUAAGCCAGGAGAUAUACCACCAUCAGUACAGAUAUUAAACUUUGGUUUCGAAUUUAAUCAAAAGCUUAAGGAGGGUGAUAUACCAUCUUCGGUAACAUCAUUAACUUUUGGUUAUAAAUUUAAUCAACUACUUUCGCAAAGAGAAAUUCCUUCAUCAGUUCAAUCAAUAACAUUUACAAGUGGAUACAAGCCCACACCUGGUGUUCUUUCCCCAUCAAUAAAAAUAAUAAAUAAAAAACCAAUAUUUGAUGGUGAUAUGGAUGAUUUCCUUUAG